AGCUAAAUGGCUUUUACCGGCACAGAACAGGCGGAGACAGCAGAGGAGCAGGACGCCUCGCUAACUGGGAAUCAGCUACGUCCCAACAGUCAGGACUGGACUCGUGUUUUUGUACUGGUCGCUCAAUGAAGGACAGACGGUCGUGUCAGAAGUCCUCUCUGAAAUCCGCCAUGGACCCCAGUCAGAGUGUAAAGUGUAAAAUCGUGGUGGUGGGGGACAGCCAGUGCGGGAAGACCGCGCUGCUUCACGUGUUCGCCAAGGAUUGCUUCCCUGAGAGCUAUGUCCCCACGGUGUUUGAAAACUACACAGCCAGUUUUGAGAUCGACACGCAGAGGAUCGAGCUGAGCUUGUGGGACACCUCAGGAUCUCCGUACUACGACAACGUGAGGCCCCUGUCCUACCCAGACUCGGACGCUGUCCUCAUCUGUUUUGACAUCAGCCGUCCUGAAACCCUUGACAGUGUAUUAAAAAAGUGGAAAGGAGAGAUCCAGGAGUUUUGUCCCAACACCAAGAUGCUGUUAGUCGGAUGCAAGUCGGACCUGCGCACUGAUCUUGGCACGCUUGUAGAGCUGUCUAACCAUCGACAAGCGCCAGUUUCCUAUGACCAGGGCUCCAAUAUGGCCAAACAGAUCUCGGCGCCUUACAUCGAGUGCUCGGCUCAGCAGUCGGAAAACAGCGUCAGGGACAUUUUCCACGUGGCCACGCUGGCCUGCAUCAACAAGAACAGCAAAAAUGUCAAACGUAGCAAGACGACGCGCGCUAACAAGAGGAUUUCGCACAUGCCCAGUCGGCCUGACCUGGCAGCCGUCUCCACGGAUCUCCGGAAGGACAAAGCCAAAAGUUGCUCUGUGAUGUGACUUGUUAGACUGAGAGGGGGGGUACUGGACUUAAGAGAACGAGUUUGGCGCGUAAUGCAAGCAGGGAGCUGCAAAGCCCUGACCUGCAUGCUUAAAAAAAACACCAACCCUUUGUUGUCUGGAAAAGGGGUUUUCAUAAGCUUCAAUUCAUGUGUGUUACUGGAAUAUUCAGCACCAACGAGAACUCGUUGAGUAAUUGCGUCCUAGUAGAUGUGCAACCCCCCCCCCCUCUAUCACCAGUCCCAACAGAGGAGGAAGCUAUCAGUCAGCUGGCUAUCAGUGCUGGGAGGAGACCUGCUUCCUCUGAGGACAAGGCGGAUGCAGCCAAGGCUUUCCUCUCCAACAGGAAAUGAGCAGAAGGAGUGAUGUCAUUAAGAGAUGAUCACACGUAGAGGGUUUUUAAACAUCUUUUGAAUCGGAGGGGAAGCCGGCUAUGGCAGAGGGGCGGUGGGAUAUGAAGGUUAAAAAAAAGGCUUGAAGAGGGCUUUCACAGCAAACUCGUCACUGUGGUUUGGAUUUACUGCUAUCUCUGCUCCUGUGACUGUUGGUGUGGGCAGAGGAGUCCCUUUGUUUCUGAUAAUGUUGUUGGUAAAAUGUGAAGUUUUUUGGUGUGCAACUGCGUCUUUUGUUUUACUCCGAUUCUGUUGGUUUUCAUCCUCCCUCUACCGCUAGUUUCAAUCUGUUGCCUCAACAAACGGCUUCAGAUCUUAAACCUUUGAUUUAAGCGUAUAAAUCAUAGGUUGAUCACAAUGUAGCAAGAGAAAAAGUAUUAUGUAAAGUUUUCUUUAAUUAAAUUUCCCCACCUCAUCUUUAUUUUUUAGCAUGAGUGCAGAGGUUGUUUGGGUUCAAAACUUAAAUCUUUGUAUUUCCUUGAAGAAAGUUGAUGCUGAUGGUUUCAAAAUCUGAAUAACUAUAAAUGGAAUCUAAAACUAGAUUCCAAAUAAAAGUCAAGUGGGUUUUAUUCCAAAUUCAGAGACGGUAAUGUUACGCUAAAGGCCAAAAUGGAGGUAGAGGUUACAGUAAAUGUUUUAACCUUUGCAAAUUUACUCCAAAGAGAGAGAAACUGGAGACUGUUUACAAACUGUAAAAUCCUUUAAGUCCAUUAGCCAUUAAGUUAAUAUACUUUAAACUACUCGCUAGCUUGUCAAUGUCAGCAAUUCAUGUUUGUAUGCAAGAGGGAGCCCCUUAAAUAACGCAAAGUAAUGGCUACUGUCUGCAGCCAACAGCUGAGUCUGUCCAGAGGGCUAGCAGUUUGCUAGCAUUUCAUCAGUUAGCCUUCACCUUUUUCUUUUAGGUAUUAGCUUAACAAUAAUGAUACAAAUUUAUAUUGUGCGUUUACAUGUAAACCCAAAACUUAAGCAUCCAAAUAGUUUUUUUUCUUCUCUAAACUUUUAUUGUGAUGGAUUAAGCAACUAUGACCUAAAAUGUUGGCAAGUUAAAAAUUCAUUUUGUCAAACACUGAGCUGAUUAGUUUAAUUUUCAGCAUUGUUUACAUUUUCUAGAUUGACACGGUUAAUUUUUAUUACCGCUUAUUCUGGAGUUGUGGAAGUUUCCAUGCGUUUCCCAACAUUCAUCAAUUUAUUGUUUUUCUUUCGAUUUUUGUGUUUUGCUUUGUUUUUUUCUCCCUUGAUCAUUAUUCAAAAGUAAUUGCAUUUUGUGUAGCAGGAGUAGGGGGGCUAGACUGUUUCCAAAUAGUAAAACUAUUAGCCUUUUAAAUAAGCUAGUUAGCUCGUUCAUUAGCAGGAAGUCAAUUUCAGGUUUUCCUUAAGUUUGUAGAUUUUCUGAAGGGAAAACAUGAAAUGACAUGAUGCAAACGAACGGUUAAUUAAACAUCACUUUGGCCUUUCUUGCGUUGUCUUUUACAUGGGAAUGAUUCAAAUGAUUAGAUGAUCUGUUUUGUCUGGAGGGUCUGAAAUAUUUGCCUAUUGAUGUUUGAGUUGAAUUCUGUCUGCAGGUGGUUUUUUUAAAAUAUGCCUCAGAUGAAAACGGUUUGGGGGGGAAAUGUAUUCUUAAAAUGACAAGUGGGGGGGUAAUAAGGUUUGGACAAUAAUGCAACUGUUUUGUUCUUAAAUGUCAUUGUUACAGUCAUUGAUGCACUUUUUCUAAUGGAGCGUAAUGGCGUACAAAGCCUUUCCAUAUCAGUACUGUCUCAUUUGGCAGAACUGUGCCCAGACUCAUCCUCAUGUUUUGAUCUGUCCUGUCUCUGUAAACCCAACUCUUCUUGAAUGUCGUCACCUUCAAAAUGUCUUUGCCAAUGUUGUUGCCACAGUAUUUAUUGAAUUAUAUAUUUUUCCUUUAGAAUAAAUAGAAUGAAUAAAAUGAA